CUUGCUUGAGAUUCCAAUGCCUUGUCCACUGCGCCACCUCCUGGACCACAUCUCAGAUCUUUCUGAACCCUCAUAUUCUCCCCUUUCCUCAGUUCCACAGGCUCUAUUGUUGUCAUCAUCUAAGUGGGGUCUCCAAGAGCACAGACGAUGGCAACAGUCAGGCUCCUGCCACCUCCAGCAGACACGCAGGUCAAGGUGACCUUUGAUGAUGUCGCAGUGCUACUCACCCAGGAGGAAUGGGAUCACCUGGGUCCUGCUCAGCGGGGCCUCUACCGAAAUGUGAUGAUGGAGACCUAUGGGAACGUGGUCUCACUGGGACUUCCUGGAUCUAAGCCCAACGUGAUCUCACAGCUGGAGCGAGGGGAAGAGCCGUGGGUCCGGGAUGGCCAGGAAACUAAGGAGAGUUGGGAUCCAGGCAUUGGCCACUCAGAUGACCUCAAAUAUGAUCACAUGACAUUUUCUGAUCAACAAGACAGUUCAUCUUUUCCAUGGGAUUGUGAAAACAAGGCAGAAAACCAAAGUAGAGACUUGGGUUUGGAGCCAUUAGUUUCAGAUGAAAUGUCAGCAGUAGUGGAGACACGGUGGAUUCAUCAAGGAAGUCAGGAGCCUGAACAGAACUUUCAUCCGAAUCCAGGCCCUGCUCACACCCCCAAAGGCCAGACCGUGAACCAGAGCAGGACUAUUCCUGGUGGGGAAAGGCCUUACAAGUGCAUUGAGUGUGGGAAAUGCUUUGGGCGGAGUUCCCACCUCCUCCAGCACCAAAGAACGCACACAGGAGAGAAGCCCUAUGUGUGCAGCGUGUGUGGGAAGGCCUUCAGCCAGAGCUCAGUCCUGAGUAAGCACCGGAGAAUCCACACGGGAGAGAAGCCCUAUGAGUGUAAUGAGUGUGGAAAGGCCUUCCGGGUGAGCUCAGAUCUUGCUCAGCAUCACAAAAUCCACACAGGAGAGAAACCCCACGAGUGUCUAGAGUGCCGGAAGGCCUUCACUCAGCUGUCACACCUCAUCCAGCACCAGCGCAUCCACACGGGGGAGAGGCCCUAUGUGUGCCCGCUGUGCGGAAAGGCCUUCAACCACAGCACCGUCCUGCGCAGUCACCAGAGGGUGCACACUGGUGAGAAGCCACAUGAGUGUGAGGAGUGCGGCCGAGCCUUCAGUGUGAAGAGGACGCUCCUGCAGCACCAGCGGGUGCACACGGGCGAGAAGCCUUAUACCUGCAGUGAGUGUGGGCGUGCCUUCAGUGACCGCUCUGUCCUCAUCCAGCACCACAACGUGCACACUGGGGAGAAGCCCUAUGAGUGCAGCGAGUGCGGGAAGGCCUUCAGCCACCGCUCCACCCUGAUGAACCAUGAGCGCAUCCACACAGAGGAGAAGCCCUACGGCUGCUACGCCUGCGGAAAGUCUUUCGUGCAGCACUCACACCUGAUCCAGCACCAGAGAGUGCACACCGGUGAGAAGCCCUACGUGUGCCACGAGUGUGGGCAUGCCUUCAGCGCCCGCCGGUCACUGGUGCAGCACGAGCGGAUCCACACAGGUGAGCGGCCCUUCAAGUGCUCUCAGUGCAGCAAGGCCUUCAGCCUCAAGGCCACGCUAAUCGUCCAUCUGAGGACCCACACCGGCGAACGGCCCUACGAGUGUAGCCGCUGCGGGAAGGCUUUCAGCCAGUACUCCGUGCUCAUCCAGCACCAGCGGAUCCACACUGGCGAGAGGCCCUAUGAGUGUGGGGAAUGUGGACGCGCCUUCAACCAGCACGGCCACCUGAUCCAGCACCAGAAGGUGCACAAGAAGCUGUGAGCUCAGCUGCCAGAGUCUGCACACAAACUCGAGAAGCCUCUAGCCUAGAGGCUUGUGUGGCCCCCCGUGGGAAACUACCUUUGGCAGUUCUGUGUCACAAAAUUAUUCCAAAGAGAAACUCUUGGCAUGUUCCUGUGGUAAGACAGACAAGCAAGGGAGUCGGGCAGUAGCGCAGUGGGUUAAGUGCACAUGGCGCAGAGCGCAAGCACUGGCGUAAGGAUCCCAGUUCGAGCCCCCACUACCCACCUGUAGGGGAGUCACUUCACAGGCAGUGAAGCAGGUCUGCAGGUGUCUAUCUUUCUCCCCUCCUCUCUCCAUUUCUCUCUGUCCUAUCCAACAACAUCAUCAAUAAUAAUCACAAUAAAACAAGGGCAACAAAAGGGAAUAACUAGAAAUU